AAUAUGCCAAAAUAGCCAAAAUCAAAUCAAGUCAAGUUGGUCAAGUUGAACAAGUUGUUUAUUAUUUACAAAAUACCUUUAUUAAACAAAAAUGAGCAAAGAAAGUGUUCCUUCUAAACCCCGAAGACUUAGAGGCAUAAGUGCUGAAGAAUUGUUAAAACUAGAUAAAACUGAACUAGUUGACCGAAUCAUCCAACUGGAAGCCCACAACUUUCAGCUAAGAAAUAUAAUCAGUAAGCAGUGUCCUAAUGAGUCAUCCAGUGUACAUAACUCUAAAAACAGACCUUUUGAUUUUUCAAAAUGCCACACCAGGCGCGUACUACUCCGCAUCCUGUACUUCGGGUGGGACUACCAAGGCCUGGCCACGCAGGAGGACUCCCCGCAGACCAUCGAGCACCACCUGUUCUACGCACUGACCCGGGCCUGUCUGAUUGAGGGCCGGGAGACCUCGCAGUACCACCGGUGCGGGCGCACGGACAAAGGCGUUAGUGCUUUUGGGCAGGUAAUAUCAAUCACAUUACGCAGUAAAUUCACACCGGAGGCACAGAACUUACCUGAGAGUAUUGAGAAUGAGAUUCCGUACUGCAAGUUGUUGAACCGGCUGCUUCCACCGGAUAUCCGGGCCGUGGCCUGGAUGCCGGCGCCUGAAGACCGCCCCGACUUCAGUGCGAGAUUCGAUUGUAAAAAACGCAUUUACAAAUACUACUUUCCCCGAUCCAACCUAGACAUAGCGAGUAUGAGACGAGCUUGUGCAAAGAUCGUUGGAUCCCACGACUUCAGGAACCUCUGCAAGAUGGACGUUGGGAAUGGAGUGGUCCAGUUUAUUAGGAGAGUCUUGGAUGCCGAUAUCGUGCCAGUUAGAGAGGGGGACACGGACUGUGCGACAUCAAUGUACUGUCUGCGUAUAGUCGGCAACGCGUUCCUCUGGCAUCAGAUCCGGUGUAUAUUCGGAGUCCUAUUGCUGGUAGGACAAGGUCGAGAAUCGCCUGACAUCAUGUCAGAACUGUUGGAUGUAGAAACUAAUCCACGUAAACCCCAAUACUGCAUGGCUUUAGACAUACCUCUGAACCUAUUCCACUGUGGCUAUGAAAUAGAAGAGGAAAGCAGAUGGGUGUACGACAGAGAAGAACUGAGGGUAGUCAUAGCGCACCUACAAGGCGUGUGGACGGUACAGAGUAUCAAGGCAACAAUGAUACAUGACUGCCUACAAUCACUGGAAGACGACUACAAUAGACGAUCCCGAAAGAGCGAGACAGAAAAUGGCGUUUGUGACGAGAGUGAGCGAGACAGCAUCAUGUGUCACAGCGACUGUCUCCUGCAAGGCGUUAAACCUAGAGUUUACAAGCCUCUAUUGAAAAGGGAUACUUGUUCUAGUCUUGAGGAGAGAAUAAACUACUACACAAAGAAGAGAAAGCCUGCAAACGAAGCUUUGACAGACGAAACUGAAGAAUUGGACACAUAAUUUAGGUUUAACUUAAAAAAUAAAAAUUAGGUUUUCGUUACUGAUAUUAUUAAAAGAUAAAGACAUUGCCGUCAAGUUAAAUAAAAAUAAAAUGAA